AUGGACUUCCGACAACAGCCCCUCGGGAUGGGCUCUUUUUCCUCUUUCGCGUCUUCGAUGAUCGCGUCCUCCACUUCUACCCCAUAUACCCUCGCCUCCUAUACGCCGCAUCUUCAUUUCGCAACACCUACCUCGACUCCCAUACCGCAUUUUGAAAAUCCGAACGACCAAGGGGAUAUGAAAAAAUGGUCUUCGCUGAUCGGUAUCGUAACGGCUUUGAUCGGAAAUGUUCUGAUUUCCCUGGCUCUCAACAUCCAGCGCUACGCACACAUCCGCAUCUCCCGUGAAUACGAACUCGAUAAGCUCCACAAAGAAGACAAUUGGCGGCAGUCACAAUCUGAGGCUGGGGAUUUGAAUCAAUAUGGGAAUGUUGGACAGAAUAGUACUCAGGUCCGUGGCCGGGGGAGAUUGCCGCCGCACAACCGGCGCCGCAGCAGUGAACACCGGGAGUUCGCGGCGUAUCAUGAUGAUGAGAAUGAGACUUCUGCAAGCCGCCGUAAUGGCCAUUCGGCGUCGGAAAGCCGUAUGCGUGACUCCUUUGCGUCUGAUCGCACUGCUCGCCCGGGUGACUCGGAUGGGCGCAAGUCUUAUCUCCGAUCUCCAUAUUGGUGGGCUGGUAUCAUUCUCAUGUGUCUUGGAGAGACAGGCAAUUUCAUGGCAUAUGGCUUUGCACCGGCAUCGAUCGUGUCACCGCUUGGUGUGGUAGCUUUGAUCUCAAACUGCGUCAUUGCGCCGUGCUUGCUGAAAGAACAGUUCCGAGGCCGAGAUUUCUGGGGAGUAUUAGUCUCUAUCGCUGGUGCUGUGGUUGUUGUACUGAGCGCCAAGUCCUCUGAGGAGAAACUUGGUCCUGAUGAAAUCUGGGCUCGGAUUACCACUUGGGAGUUUGAGCUUUAUCUUGGGUUGACCAUAGGGCUGAUCGCCGUUCUCAUGUGGGGCAGUUACCAAUACGGCCCUCGCUCUAUUUUGAUUGAUGUGGGACUUGUGGCACUUUUUGGUGGAUACACAGCUUUGUCUACUAAGGGUGUUUCCUCGCUACUGUCAUUUACCCUAUGGCACGUCAUCACAUACCCCAUCACAUACCUGCUUGUCUUCGUCCUGAUUUCCAGUGCAUUGAUGCAGAUUCGCUACAUCAAUCGUGCUCUGCAACGCUUUGAUUCUACCCAAGUCAUUCCGACUCAGUUCGUCCUUUUCACCCUAUCUGUGAUCAUCGGCAGUGCGGUCCUCUACCGUGAUUUCAAUUCCAUGUCUGCUGUUCGCGCAGGAAAGUUUGUCGGAGGCUGUCUAAUGACUUUCUUGGGAGUCUACUUCAUCACAAGUGGUCGGGUUCGCUCUGAUGGCGAGUCUACAUUUUCAACCGAAGAUGAGGAGGAAGCAAUUGGCUUGCUGAAUGGUGAAAGAUAUCGGGACAGAGUUGAUUUAUCUCCCCUUUCUCAGCCACUGAGAGCAGCCAAAUCGUUGCACGAGCCUGAGAAUGGUUACGAUGGUGCGGAGUCACCUUCAAGGUCCCUAAUCAGCCAGGGAAUUGACGGCGUGGAUGACGACGAACCCACACCGCGGGGUGCGCUUUCGGCAGCACCAUCUUCGCCGGCAGGCUCCUUAACUGCGGGUUCAGCCCUGUCAGGACCCUCUUUCGAAGAUCCUUCACCAUUGCGCCCCCCAUCUCGUAUGUCCAACCCUUGGGCAGAAUUCCAGGAUCAGGCUGUCGGGUCCCCGAAAUCUGACCUGGAGCCCCACCGUCCAACGACACCUCCACAUGGCGAAGCCACUGAUAUGGCAUCAACGGUGUUGCUUCGCUUCCCUUCCGUCCCAGGCAUAGAUGAGGGUUCACCUGGUGCCAAUACCACAAAUGUUCGGAGAGCCUCAACGCCUGCUGUGGGUGGUUCGCCCCAACUUGGUGACAGGGCUCACGCAAUUCUCGAAACUCCUACGCGACGUACCUUGCGCAAUUCCAUCUCGCAUCGAUUCUCCCCCGGUCCCCUUCUUCCCACACUCUCGGGUGGCUUUAGUGCUGUGGUUGCAGAAUCUCUCCGACGAGGUGAAGGCAGCCCUUACAAGGACCGUUCUGGUAGGCGUAAAGCCGGACGCCGGAGACAAGUCGACGGCAUGUUCACAGACACUUCAUUUCGUGAUCAUGAUGGGGAUGUAGGGCCACUUGGUGAGCCGCAAGGGCUCGAAACCCCUCUUUCACUGGCAACAGCACGACUACAAACAGCUACAAACCUAGUCGAUCCGUCUGCGGAGGCUGGCCGUUCAACUCCUGCCCUUGCCCCCCAAAUCCACAACCCGCCAACCCUGAAGACGGACGAAGAGGUCACUCGCCUUCGCAGCUUCAGUGACUCGUGGAGUGGUGGGCUUGCAUGGUUAGGUGGUGCAUUGCGAAGAACUUCACAUCAAGAGCACGCAGACAGCGGUGCGGUGACGCAAGGAACUGUGACACCCCGGAGCGAUACACCGGCUGCUCUGAGCAGUGAUCCCCUCAGCAACAACGACCCCGAAUCUCGAUCAUAA